AUGCGCCGCCGCACCGCAGCACAGCUGCUCGUCUGCGUGCUCGCCAAGGCGCUGACGCCGCCGAGCCUCGUGCGACGGCGGCGCGCUCCUAUCGUAUACUCCGAUGAGCCGCCGCUCCCGCCGGAAUCAACGGGAGACGCGCUGCCCGAACCCACUGCUGAAGAAUUUGAUGAUUUGUCUGACCUGUUAGAUGAUGAGGACGACGACCUGCUAGCUUUAGAUGAUGAGGCAACGCCCCCACCGCCGGCCGACGACGACGACGACGACGAUGGGUUGGCGGAGUUGCUGCGGAUGGGAGAUGCUGGCGACUCGGCCGCGUCGCUCGAGGAGGAGUGGCAGCGGCGGCGCGCGGAGAUGGAGGACAAGGCCGAGAAGAACGCGGCGAGGGCCGAGAAACGUAGACUACAAGCCGAGGCCGAGGAGGCGUUCGCGCGCGAGCGAGGUCUGGGGCUGUUGCACACGGAUCCGGUGUGUCGAGGGGUGGUCGUGUGCGUCACGAGAGGAACGUCGGAGGACAACGCGACGGUCGUCGAGCUGACGGAUGCUCUGAGAGGUGCUCAUGGUAUGAGAGUGGAAGUAGCACAUAACGUCGACCCCGAGCCGGAAGAGGACCUGCCGUUGUUCGAGGUCUGGCUCGAGGGCUACCGCUACCAGCUGUUGCACGCGCGGAACUGGCGGGGCGACGGGGACCUGACACCCGACAAGAUUCAGGCGCUGGUUUCAACGGUGGGCGAGGAGAUCUCGGACGAGGCCGAGCUCGUGCUCGGGACGUAUCCGGACGUCGAGGACUAAGUAGUAGCUUAUUAUUGACACGUAUUCUUAGGCGGCCGGCGUGAAGGGGUAGAAUCCCGCGUGCAGGUAGAACUCGACGACCUUGCGGACGAGCUCCGGCGGCAGCAGGUGCGCGAGCUUCGGCGACAGCGUCUUGGCGAGGGCGGCGAGGUGGGCGCGUUCGUAGGCCUUGAAGCCGCCGGCGCUGAGAAUUCGGCUCAUGUAUGGGUCUUCGGAGAGUACGUCGAGACAGUGCGACGCGAGCUCGAGCGGGGUGUUUCGCCGGACAUGCGCGACGAGUAUGGUUCUACUCCUCUUUUUAUCGCGGCUAAUGAGGAUGCAGACUGCGUAUCAAUGCUGUUGCGGGCGGGGGCCGAUCCGAAUGCCGUGACGGAUCACAUGGGAUUUACGGCGCUACACUCGGCAGCGUAUAACGGGUCCGAAAACAUCAUUCGCAUGCUGCUUGAGGCGGGCGCCGCCGUCGAUGUUAAAACGAACACGAAUUGGACGGCAAUUGACUACAUCUACUCUACGAGGAAAGCUCAUGUUUACCCGCUACUUCUACGCGCCGGCUCCGAGCUUCCAACGGAGGUAUCUUGGCAGCCAUUCUCGGAAGAGCCAUACCUGAGCCGAGUUAUCAGCGCCGGCGGCUUCAAGGCCUACGAACGCGCCCACCUCGCCGCCCUCGCCAAGACGCUUUCGCCGAAGCUCGCGCACCUCCUGCCGCCGGAGCUCGUCCGCAAAGUCGUCCGUCUCCGAGUCACGCCAUCGACGCGACGUCCGCUCGACGCGUGCGAUCACGCAGGUCGAGUUCUACCUGCACGCGGGGUUCUACCCCUUCACGCCGGCGAAAGCCCCCGCGACCGCGACCGCCUAA